ACCAUCAGUUCUUUGAAACUAUCUUUGGAUGUGCAAGCUAUUAAAAGCUUCUGUACUGAGUGACCUUUCAGACAGAAGUAGAUCAAAUGCUCAAGUUGCUGCUGCCUGUUGCCGAGUAGAAAACAGCAGAAAGCCCUGGGUUCGAACAUCUAUUGGGUUUUUGUUUUGCUUCACUUUGUUUGCUUUGUUUUGCUUUAAGAAGAUGAACACAGAAACCACAACCCUGGUAUCCUUGACGGAGGCUAUGGAAAGAGUAGACCAUAAACUCCAGGGUUUAGAAGCACAGUUCAAAGAACUGGACAUCACCAAGGAUAAUCUGACCCAGAAAUUUGAAAACCAUAGCAAGAUUCUGGCAAGCCAAGCUGCUCAAGAUGAGCUGUGGACAGCGGUUUUGGCACUCAGGUUCACCUCAGUGGAACUGAAUAUUUUGUACAGCUAUGUCAUCGAAGUACUUAUCUGCCUGCACACUCGUGUGCUUGAGAAGCUGCCAGACCUGAGGAGAAGUCUUCCCACCUUCACCUCCGUCCUUCGCCGAAAAGUCAAGAACCAGCGCAUCAGAGUGGCGUGGGAAUCGGUCCUGGAGGAGAUCGGGCUGCAGGAGGGAGACGCGGCCGCGCUCUGCGCCUUCUUUCUCGCGCACGGCAGCGAGGCCGACCACUACGCCGCCUCAGUGAGACGCACGUACGUCAGGGACGUCACGUUCAUGAUCACCAGCAUGGUGAAGCACUGGGCCUUGCGUGAUGGUUUGCUGCGGGCUGUCCAGGUCGUUGAGAAGGGGAAAGCAGCCAGGAAGCCUUAAGCGCAAACGUCUUCCCUGAAACAGUUGCUACCAUCAGUCAAAAACGAAACUGUCUAAUCCCGGCACUCAGGAGGCUGAGGCAGGAGGAUCAUCUCGAGUUCAAGGCCAGCCUGGGCUACAU